GCAGGCUGAGACAAACUCUCCGGAUGCAGACACACGCGUCAUUCCGGCGCCCAAGGUUUGAACUGCCAGAGCUCACAUCCUAGCAGAUGAUUACGACGAUACGACCAGGCCAAGCACACCCACUCUCCAUAACACUGCCUUGCCAGACGGUCUCCCCUUCGCCCAGCACAUGGGGCACAUUCCGCUUGCUACUCGUCAGCUGCAUGCUUGGCCCGUUGGAGCGACUUGGCCGCCACCAACAAGCUACCCCUCUCCAGACAUCCCGGAACACGGGGGACCUUUCGCCAUGAUUCGGACCUUCUCUCGUUGGCGUCCAAGAAACUUGGCCCCCCUUGGUGAGCGGAAUCUCUUUUUGACCUUGGCGAUGGUUCUAUAUGCUCAUCGCAGAGACGAUACGGAGGACGAAGCGAAAGCAAGUGUGUCCCAAGGAUGCCCAGUUAUUACCCAAGUUCAUCCGUAAUCAGCAUGCUCUCGUCGCGGCGGAUGCUGACAAGAGGAUCGACCUUGUUCUGCACUCGGAAUCGCUCAAGCUUCGCGAAUCUCCUAGAACACAAACCUGUGACAUGGCAUGCUUCGUCAAGGAGCGGCGUUCGCUGCUCGAAAUCAACCUGAAAAGCUCUUGUCGUCAAAAGCACCUCAAUCUGGACGUAGCGAUAAACGAGUCUAGCUUGAGGAACAUCCAGUAACGUUAGCAGGCCAAUCAUACAAUGCAGGAUGCACAGCCUUUACUUGGCGACUUGGCAGUUCAGAAGACCCAUGGCGCAAGAUAGCAUGCUGUCGCAAGGCGAAAGUCGACCGACUGCAGCGGAUACCCAGUUGGAGCAGGCUUUGCAGAGACAGAGCUGAAUCUUGAAGUUCAACUACCAAUCUCAGCUAAUGAGAUACCUCGCUGGAAACUGCUUCGGAUGGAAUAUGCUGAAAUUCGGUAGUGGGCAUCAUUACCUGGGUUCAACAGUUGCGGUAGGGAAGGCGCGUCCGCGGUCUCGGCAGCGCCCCAGUAGCGCACGCGCCAAGGCGAAGAUUUCCGGUCCAAGGAAGGAGGCACUCCGCUCUUAACUGGCGCCUGCCCCCAGUUCAUGGGCCAAGCCCUCCUUCACUUUUUGUUCACUCUUACCCAACA